CACAUUUCCAAACGCCGUUUACAGUAAAAGCCCAUACAUAAGUCGCAAGCAGUACACUUAGUUUCAAAAUCUGAACCAGUCGACUGUUGUCCAAGAAUCUCUUACCAACUCCACAAUUAAAAUAAUAAUGAAACUCUUCACUUUAUUGAUAACUUUUCUAUUCCUUGCGGGUGUUUUGGCAGAUGAUGAGUCGGUUUAUAUGGAUAAUGUUUACACUUCAACCGAAGUCAUCAAAGCUAUUUAUUCUAUGAGGAAUGUAAGUAAUCAAUUACAUCGUACAAUAUCUCGAGAGGGUUUGGAGUAUAUUAUUGAGUCAAUGGUUGAUGAUGUCGAUAAUAGAUUAACAUUCAAGAAUUUCCCGAAAAUUUGUUUUUUGAUCGCUGUACCGGACCACAAGGAUAUUUUAUCUAAUGUACCGGUUUUGCUUCCAGUUCCAAACCGACCAGGAAAUUACGAUUUGGUUGUAGGCCCAACGCAAAAAGCCAAUGUAUUUCUCGAUUUAAUGAUACGGUUCAUAGGUGCAGAACUAAUAGGAUAUAGACUACAAAUGACUUAUACCACUGAUCGUGGAACAUUGCAAGACAUUGCAAACGAGAGAAGAGAAUUUGCUGCUACAGCUUUAACACGUUUAAUCAGACGUCGUUUAUUAGGUGAACAGGUUGUAGAUGAUGAGGCCUCUUUGUUACCGAAGUGUCGUUUGUUAGGAAUAUAUCUUAGUACACAAUCACCAGAUACAUACAUAAAAAAAGUUGAGAUUGAGUCAACUAGCCUUACUUGUAUCUUUACGGAUAAAAGUAAUACUAAAAGGAGCUACAGGAAAAUUGAUGGCACAUGGUCACAAAUAGGCUUAAAUGACCAAGCAGGAGAAUCACUCGAAGCACAGUUACAACGGGGACAUCCACGAGUUCCACCCACACCCGACUAUGUUAUUACGUUAUAAAAUAAUAUUUUUAUUUUCCUUAUCAUUGUCACUUUUUCAUUAUAAUAUCUAAAAUAUAUACAUAUAAUUAAGAUGACGGGAAAAAAACAGUUGGUGGAUUUUUUCAAUAACGUAUUCCAAAAGAUACAUUUUUAAGUACAUAAUACCGUAUGCCUAUUUUUAUUUUACGCUAU